AUGAUCACGUUAUCUUCGAGAAUGACAGACACUUUGCUAUCUGUCCGUAAUCCUCCUGAGUUUGUAAAUGCUCACUGUGACCGUAGCACAUAUGUUACGGUUACAGCUGAAAAUACCUUUGAUAUUUCAAGAGUUCUGAAAUUAAUUUCUGAUCCGCAUACAGAUUUCAUGUAUGAGAGGCACAAAAUCUCCUUAAGAAACCUAAGAAAUGCGAACAUUUUCGGAAUUAAAAUACGUGAUCUUAUACAUUACCGUAAUAUUUUGAAUAUCUGUGCUAAACGGGUCACACGUUUAUCGGACGUUUACCAUCAAAGUUUAAUUGAAUUGAUAAAGUUAUGUGGCAAUCCAUUUUUAAAAAACUUAAGUUCAGAUGAAGUGAAUUACUUCAGUGCGGCUGUUGAUUUCAUGAAUCAUUUCGGAUACCUUUUACGUGUAAAGAAUGAAGAGAUUUCUUUGGAUGUUUGUCAUGCUUUGGAGAAAUUUUAUUUCAUGAAAGAUGCUUUAAUUCAGAUACCUGAAGAAAUCAAGGAACGACAAACUUCAAAGAAAUUUAAUCAAAAUGUCGUAUGUCAUAGUGAUAUUAUUGAAUCGUUAUUACUGAGUUAUCACGAAACCAGCGAAACAAACGAAUUGUCUUUAGCUAUCAUUAAAUUAAUAGAGAGAUUGACAAAACAUUCAGAAAUGAAUUCAAACAAAAUCAUUUUGAAAUCAGGCGCGAAAAUUAUCUGUGAUCAUAUAAAUUUAGCAGUAUCGUCGAAUGACUUACUUUCUUAUAGUAUUUCUACUUUAUGGAAUUUAAUUGAUAAUAUAACGGAUGAAAGUAUUAAAAUCGAGUGGAUGAAACAGAUAGGAAAUGAAGAUUGCCUGAUAAAACUUCGAGAUAUCUUCUUCACAUUAUUGGCACAAAGUCAUUCAAAAUUCUGUCGUAAUCUACGUAAUGAUGUGCUGACGAUAAUUUUAUUAAUUAUAAAAUAUGCAAAUGUCUAUGGACAGUUGAAACAAAUUCGUAUAGUAGAAACUGGCCUGGUGAAACGAUUGGUAAACUUGUUAACAUUUGAUGAAUUUCGAUGUAUGAAUCCAUUGUUUAAAAAUUUAAAAUUAUUACCGAAUGAUGAGAAUUUCGAUAUGAAAAAGUUGAUUAUUUCAAUACUUGUGGAGAUAUCAAAUGAUCCAGUUGCAGUUUAUGUAAUGUCUGAUACAGGUCUUAUCAAAGGCCUAUUUCAAUGGAUAUGUCCAGUGAUACAAACAAAUUCAGGAUAUCUAAGCGAUGAGCACAGACAAAGCUUACGAAGUUCUACAAUUUUCAGUGAAUAUUACAAUUUAAACAAAUGUAAUGUACAAUCGCAAAGUCAACUCAUAAUGAAACAUGAACAAGAUCAAUCAGAAGAUGAGGAAGAAAAAGGCGCCAUUGAUAAAAAUAUUCCGAAUAAAGAAAAUUCAAAGCUGAAGACAACUCAGACAGAUUUAUGCAAUGAACAAACUGAUCAUGAUGAUGAUGGUAAUGAGCAUCAUGAUGGUGGAAACACUUUCAUGAAAGAUGAAAAACGACAAAAUCUUGAUGUGAUAAGUAAAUGGCCACAAGCUUAUUUAGAAGAGCUACAUUUAUAUAUGCUUGAUGCAUUGGCUACAUUAGCACCACGUUUGCUGAGUGACUGUAUUACUUAUGGUAUCCCACCAAGACUGAUGUUAUUAUUACAAUGGUGUACUAGUUCAGAACCAUUUCUUGGACAAGGGAAUAGUUUUCAUGGUGUUGGUGGUAGAAAUAACAAGCGAGCACAGUUACGUUAUUCUUUACGUCUGAUACGUAGUCUUGUCGAAACAAAUGAUGAACGUAUUAUCCUGGAUUUUGUCUGUCAUGGCUUAGUUCAAUUUCUGAUACCACUAAUCUGUCCAAUUUCAUUAAGACUGAAAUCGGAACGACCUCAUGAUGAAUUAUUAAGGUUUGGCGGUGAAACAUUAAGAGAAAGGCGUCGUUUACAAAAUGAACAAAAUAUUGCGCUGGCAAACUCAAAAGUGUUAGUGGACGACGACAACGACGAAGAAGAAGAAGAUAUUGUUGGAUUAGAGAUGCAGUGUGACUUGCUCUUGAUCUUAGCCAAAUUAUGUGAUCUUGAUGCUGAAAGGAAACAAAUGAUUGGUACAGACGGUAUUGAUGCUAUCAUCCAACUACUUAAACAAACUUCAAAAAGAUUAGCCACAAUUGAAUCUGUUCAAUAUCGUUUGUUAACUCAAUCAACGCCUAUUCAGGCAACAUCAUCUUUGUCGUCAUCUCUGCCAUCAAUGCAUUCAAUUAUAUUAUAUCGUGAACCUUUGUUUAAAUUAGCUUACGCUUUGACUGAAGCUGUAUGGUCUUGUAUAAUCGGUUCAAAUGAUUGUGAAGAUUGUUUCCUGAUGAAAAAUGGUGCAACAUAUCUACUCAAUUUAUUAGAGUGGUAUCCAACUGAAGCAGUCAACUAUUUAUUGGGUUGUUUAGUCGAUUUAACUGAGAAUUCUAAAUGUCUACCAUAUUUAUCCAGUUGGUCUGGUAUUCGUCCUUUAAAUGAGACCAUUGAUGAUAAUACCAACGAUGAAAGCCAAGUUCAACUUGAUCAUUUCCAUACUCUGAGUCAUACAGAUACCAAUCCAUUGAAACAACAAAUGAGUCAUCUGGAACUGACUACUUCACUGUUAACCAAAUCACCUGAUCUAGUUGUAUCAACUAAACUACACAAGAUAAUCACUACUACGACCAGUAGAUCAACGGUGCAUGAUACUAAUACAAAUACCAAUGACAUUAAUAAUACUAAUGAUGACCAAACGCCUUUAAGUGAGAAUUAUGAAGAAGUUUCAAGUCAAAUUUGUAAACAAGAUACAGUAAAUCUCAUAGACCCAGAUGAAUCGAUCAGUGUAUGGUUGAAUGGACCAAGUUUACCUCAGCUACUCUGUUAUCUAUGGAGAUGGGAAGAAAAGAGGAGGAUAAGACAAAUGAAAGAAAAAAGUAUUAAAGUUGAUGAAGAAACCAAAGUUGAAAAUGAAAGGAGAAGUGACAACAACUGUCCAUCGUCAAGAUCAGGAUCUAAAUGUGAUAGUCUCAGAAUGAAUAUUUACGCUUUAUUUUUAAGAUUAGGAUUUAAUACUCAUGAGAAUCUUACACCAAAGGAUCAGAUUACCCUGGAAAAAAUUGAAUCAUAUCUUGAUUUAAAGGUUGCCGAAGUAUGGAUCGAUAUGCAGUUGGAAUUCAAUGAAACAGACUUUAGACCAAUUACACCAGAUCAGCAGAUGUUAUCAUGUAUUUCAAACUGGUGUAAAAAACAACUUGACAAUUUACAAAGUAGACAACAGAAAAUAUUAAAAUCUUCAAAAGAUGCUGAAUUAAGCGAUGAACAAAAUUAUUAUUCAUCAAUAAGAAAUAUUAUCCGAAAUCAUGAAUACGCUAUGAACAGCUAUAAUGAUUACCUGGCAAGAACAUCAAAUUAUGAAUAUUUAAAACAAGCUCGUCAGAAACAGUUAUCAGCAAUUGAUGCAUCACGUAUUGGUGGACAGUUGAAUAAGACGAAACAACAUUUAGAUGGUGAGAGUUCAUUGAAAUCAUCUUUAGAAUCUAAUCAAGAUGUACAGAAAAAUGGUCUUCCUGAAAGAGAAGUCAAACAUCAUCCUCACCAUCAUCAUCAUCAUCACCAUCAACAUCAUAACCAUCGUGCUGAAGUUGUUAUACCAAGUAAUAUUUCAAUUCAUGGGACAGAAUCUACAGCUUAUCAUAAAACAGAUAUUGACAAGCUGAAUGUAACAGCUUUCUGUUCACAAUCAGUUACAAUCGAUUCAACACCAGCACAUUUGUUUAUGCAUCCAACAAAAAUUGAAGAAGAACUACUCAAGGUUAUCGAAUUAAAACAAUCUCAAAUGACCAAUGAAAGUGAUGAAGAUGAUGUUUAAACUGAUCAGUUGACUAAUUAAUUAAUCAAUAGUAAUUAGGAGGCAGAAAUGAAAACGAAAAGAUAGAAAAGGAUAGUUCUAGGAUAUUUUCAUCUCUCACUUGUUUGUUUCAUUUAUUAUUCUUGUUUGAUAAAUAUAAACACAAAUAAUUAAUUAGACAAUAAAGAGUAGUAAGAUGUCAAGAUCUUUUUCUGAUUAAUAUCAAUAUCAAUAAACAUCGAUGUCGGCAUUCUUAUAUCUUUUUAUAAAAGAGCUCCUCUUGAGAUGCACAAUGAAUGUUCACCCUUUAUCUAAUAAGGAUCUAUGUAGACAUAUCGAUGAUGUGGCAAUGGGGUCAUCAC